AUGGGGCUAGCAUCAGCAGGAUGGACACCAGCGGUCGCACUCCCCUCCAUUUAGCGUCCGGCGGAAACUCCUGCGACAUAAUAAACACGCUCUUGGAGGGCGGGGCUAACGAGAAUUCGCUUUCCGGUGAUGGCGAAGCGCCGCUUCACGUGGCAGCGGCGUGCGGUAGCGUUGCUGCGACACAAGCCCUGCUGGCUGCUGGCGCCAGUGUCGACCUCCCGUUUGACAAAGAUGGCUCGUCACCUCUGUCAAUAGCCGCGUUGAACGGGCACGCCGACGUGGCCAAAGUUUUGAUUCGUCACGAAGCGGGUUUGGGCGCGACGGACAGUGAGGGCUCGACUGCUUUGCACCAGGCAGCGUCCAAGAACCAUGCUGUUGUUGUUGACGUGCUUAUCAAGGCUGGGGCGAGUUUGGAAGUGCUGGACAAGUCCUCCAGGACGCCUCUGGUCGUGGCCUUCGACGACUUCGGCAGGCGUGCAAGGAAAGAUGGGCAGACCACUAUAGUUACCCUGUUGAAGCAUGGGGCCAACGCAAAUGUGCAGACCGGCGGUUAUUCACAGCUUUCGUGCGCAGCGCACGCUAACUCCCUUCCAGUAGUUGAAGCCCUCCUCGCCGCUGGUGCGGAGGUAAACGCUGUCCGCAAGUGGACUGGGUGCACGGCACUGCAUGUGUCCUCGGAGCAUCAGCACCCCGCCGUACUGGAGGAACUACUUCGGAACGCGGCGGACACGGAGAUAUACGCAAUGGGUGGCCAGACUCCGUUGCACGUAGCCGCUUACGGUGGCCAUGUGCACCCGAUCAAUUUUCUCAUCGACGGAGGCGCUAUGGUCAGUGCUAAAGAUGAGGACGGCCGGACACCUCUUCACGUUGCUUGUUCGAAACUGGACUGCUCAGCUAUACACGCCCUCCUGAGAAGCGGCUCCGACAUUCAAGCGGUGGACAACAGCCGAUGUUCUCCCCUUCACCACGCAGUGAACCGCAUCGAGCAUUGGGAUUCUGCAGCCGACGUGGCUCACGCAGUGAACCUUUUGUUGAGAUGGGGUGCAGAUGAAAACGCCGUAAACUCACAAGGCAAGACCGCUCGAGAAGUUUUGCAACAAGUCUCGUCCUUUCCUGCUCCGUUCCCGGACGACACGACGCAAGUUCAACGCUUGCUAUCAAAGGCGCCCCAGGACAAAACAUGGCGUCGUCGCGGCUGGCUAGUCUUGGGCCGCACUAGGCCCAACAGGGUAAAGCCGAAAGCGAAGAACGAGGGAGCAAGUACUAGAAGUUCGACACGGAACGUUCGAGCGCGGGAUUCCGCUACUGGGGCAAGGUUCAACGCUGCGGCGACGCUCGAACAGGAAGUAGAAGGGGCCAUUGCACCAAGGGAUAUAUAUGCUUCUGCUGCUGCUGGCUUGAGCAACUUGGUGGCGGCUGUGCUUGGUUUACGCGAGGAAGAUGUAUUCCGGAGUGUCGUGGGGUUCCUGUAAUGUAUGUCCAAGGUGUUGUACUCCUGAUCGGUGAGUGUUUUUUUUUCUGGCGGCAAUAGUAAUGAAGUUACAGGCAAGUGUUGUAUACGUGCAAUUUUAGUCGAGGUUGAUCUCAGAAGGAGGAAAAUGCUAAUUGAUUUUCAGAGUUCAUUCGCAUGGAUGGCCAACUUGGUUAACUUGAUCGGGGUGCGAGCAUACAUGAGUGGAAGGAAGCUGGCGUCCAUGGCGGGUCUCCAAAAUGCAGGUAUCGGUAGUAAAGAAAUAUAUAAUCUUCGAGGGUUGGGUAUGGUAGCGAACC